AUGACAAAGGAGCUGGAGAAGGAUGAGGACCCGCUGCGCCGGCCGGUCACCGUCGCUCUGGUCGAGUCCAACAGUGUGAAUCAUAACAGAGCCUCAGGACUCUAUGUCCAGAGUAGUGAGGCGCUGCAUGUCAUCACCAACGUGAUCCACGCUAACGGGGACAGAGGCAUCACUGUGGCCCAGAGCAGCCAGCUCACCCGUGUGGCCAACAACAGCAUCUCCUGCAACCGCCAGAGUGGGGUCAAGGUAGAGGCGCAGUGCAAGGUGGAGCUCCGGGGCAACGGUAUCUAUGACAACAGAGGCCAUGGCAUCAUCACCAAGGGUGACAGCACUGUCGUCAUUGAAAAUGACAUCAUUGGCAACCGGGGCAGCGGGCUGCAGCUCCUGCCCACGUCCGACACGAAGUGCAAGGCCGUGCCAAGGCUCUGGUGCAGGAGAACAUCAUCUUCCAGGGCAAGACCAACAAGACAUUUUCAGCAGAUCUCAAACAACCGAGAAUGCAUCAUGCAAAACAACAAGUUCUUGGUCUUCAAGAAAAAGUCUGACACGUGGCGCCUGGCAAACCCACCUGCACGGCCUCACCUUGAAAACUCUCUCCAAGGCCCCUCUGCUGCUCAUGGUGGGCAGAAGGUGACAGCCAUGGCGACCAGGAUCACAGCCCAUGUGGAAGGUGGUUACCACAGCAAACGCAGCAUCUUCUGCACCAUCCUGUGAGCAGGCAGAGCCACGGAGUGGGGCGGCUGGGGGUUGUCCGAAGACUCAGGGAAGCCAGCACGUACACUGCUCUCAGGCUCAGCCCUGCCCAGCCGAGCUAAGUGGGGUGCAGCCUUCGGGAUGAAGAAGUCAUGCUUAUGAAGGCUCCAGACCCCUCUCUGUCUUCUUACCACCUCCCUGAAAAAAAGCAAGCUCCCAAGCCUUCUGGGGACUAAGAACAAGGUACCUACAAAACACUUUAAUUCUACAACCCUCAGCAGGAAGGAACUUGGAAUUAUUUUCCAGAAAGAAAAAGGGAACAGAGUUUGGUGGGUUUCCAGUCCCUCAAGCU